UUUCUGCAACUUCUAUUGACACCUUCCCUACCAUACUCAGAACGCUAAGUUACACCUAACCGACAACGAUUCCAGUAAAUCUUGUUCUGAAAGUGCAUUCCUUUGAAUUUGCUUCCAAACGAUGUCGUUCGAGGAGGACGAAGAAUCGCUCGAGCAAACUCUUCUGGUGGUCCGUGAGGUCGCCGUCUACAAAAUCCCUCCCCGUUCCACCUCCGGCGGCUAUAAAUGCGGGGACUGGCUUCAAUCCGACAAGAUCUGGUCUGGUCGGCUCCGGGUUGUAUCGUGCAAGGACCAGUGCGAGAUCCGGCUGGAGGACCCAAACUCCGCGGAGCUUUUCGCUGCUUGCUUCAUCAAGCCCGGGCAGCGAGAGAACUCCGUGGAGGCGGCCCUUGACUCAUCGAGAUACUUCGUGCUAAAGGUGGAGGACGGCCAGGGGAAGCACGCCUUCCUUGGGCUCGGAUUCGCGGAGAGGAACGAGGCAUUCGAUUUCAAUGUCGCGUUGUCGGAUCAUGAGAAGUACGUACGGCGAGAGAACGAAAAGGAGACCGGAGAAACCAGUGGCGCCGACAACCACAUCGAUAUUCAUCCGGCGGUCAAUCACCGGUUGAAGGAAGGUGAAACCAUCCGGAUAAAUGUGAAGCCCAAACCAUCUAGUGGAACUGGCAUGCUUUCAGCUUCCGGACUUUCUGGAGGAGCUUCCGGAAGUGGAAAGCCUAAGGCUUUGGCUCUUGCUCCACCGCCUGGUGGGGCUGGAAAAAUUAGGACUCCUCUCCCGCCCCCUCCUAAUGAUCCUGCUGCUGUUAAGAAGACUUGUGCUAGUCAUGGUGCUGGUCUCAGUGCACCUAGUGAGAACAGAAGAAGAUCUGAUCCUUCGUUAGAUCUUUCUCAACUUGAGAGGAAUCUUCCUUCGGGAUCAACUUCAGGAUCGGCCAAAACAGCUGCAUCUGGAUGGACACCUUUCUAAUUAUGUGUGCGUUCAUCUAAUUGAGGUCUUGUUUGCUGAUUUAUUCCAAAGGAAAAGAAUGAAGGAAAAUGAGUAUUGAGAAAGCAUAGGUACAAAAUGCUUCAAUAUUUGGGAAAAUUUGUCUUGUGGAGUAUAUUGAUAUGCUUCUUUUGUCAUACCUGAACUCAUAAGCUUUUUGGCUUCUAUAAUAGAGAAAUCAAUUGUGCGGCUGA